AUGACUUACUUUUUAUUGAAGUUUCUAUUCUUAAUUCUUUGUAUUGUGCAUUCAAAGAGUGAUAUUUAUAAAAAUCGACCAAAAAUUACAACAGCCGAUGGUGAUUUAAUAAUUGAAUCUUCCUACAAUAAAAAUAUAUAUUUAAAACCAAAUGGACCAAGAUCAAGUAUUUUUGUUGGAAACAUUAAUUUACUGGACAUUAAUAUUACCAAGAAAGAAGAAAUUUGGAAGCCAUCCGUUGAAUACAGAGAUAGUGACCGAGGUAAUAAAAUUGGAGAUCUCAAUGAUAUUAUAGGAAGAAUUGAACGCUUGGAAAGUUUUAGUACCACAUUGCCUUCUACUAUUUCUUUAAAUGUCACUUACCUCACACGACAAAUUAAUACAUUAAGAAACAGGAUACGCACCAUUCAGAGUUUAAUUAAUAGAAAAGGAAAGGAUGAAUGUCAGUCACAUCCUUGUGAGAACGGCGGGACGUGUUUAAAUCUUGUCAAUGGAUAUUAUUGCUUAUGUCCGUCCAAUUGGAAAGGAGUUAAUUGUGAUGAAGAUGUCAAUGAAUGUAGAAAUUAUGCUGGCACAGAUUUAGGAUGCCAAAAUGGUGCUACAUGCAUUAACAGGCCUGGCUCUUACGAGUGUAUUUGUAAGCCCGGAUGGUUUGGCCUACACUGUACCAGAAAAGAGAGAAAUUGUACUGGCAAUGACUAUGAAAUUUGCGGGCAUGGCACCUGUUUACAAGUAACCACUGGUGUCGGAAUAAAGUGCCUCUGUAAUCAGGGAUGGACAACAAAUGACACGAGUAUCGCAUGUCUCACUGACGUAAAUGAAUGUUUAUCAUCUCAAGGUCCUCGGUGUUCCAUAAACCCACCCGUCGAUUGCAUUAACCUACCUGGUUCAUUUGUUUGUGGCUCAUGUCCUGUCGGUUAUGAAGGAGAUGGUUACGUUUGUCAUGAUGUCGAUGAAUGUCUCACUUUGCCCAACGGUGGAUGCAGUUUGAGUCCGAGAGUAUCUUGUCAUAACACGAUAGGUUCUCGACUCUGUGGCCCCUGUCCACCGGGCUUUGAAGGUGACGGUGUUACCUGCACAUGGAGAGGUUCGUGCAGCAUAAACAGGGGUGGCUGCCAUCCUUCCGCUCAAUGUGUUGAAACUCCUGGCUAUGGAGGACAAAUAGUGCAAUGUGUUUGCCCGCAGGGCAUGUCAGGAGAUGGAAUUGGUACUAACGGAUGCUUUGUAGCUUCAAAUAAUCUAAGUAAUGGUACUGGAUGCGAAAACUAUCCUUGUGGGGCGUACGGCGUCUGUCAUCAACUCCGUUUCGGAUACACCUGUAUAUGUGAUGAAGGAUAUGGCGGCGUUCACUGUGACAUUCAAUCUGGUAUCUGUUCCAACAACCCCUGUUUAAAUGGUGGAACGUGUAGAAGCGAUGGAAGAUCGGCGCGACGAUUUCGAUGUGAAUGUACAGCUAUGUUUACGGGUGAUUUGUGUCAACUUCGAGUAGAAAUAUGUGGCGGUGUGCUCGACGCGGAAGAAGGUAGUAUAAUUUAUCCUCCAACUAACACAACAUAUAGACCAAAUGCACGAUGCGCAUGGGUAAUACACACAUCUCCAGAUAAAGUUAUUAAUGUGACCUUUAGUAAAUUCCAUUUAGAACAUCACGCCGAAUGUUAUUAUGAUUUUGUUCAAAUUCAUGACGGCAGAAGUUCAGCCAGCCAGCUAGUAGGUAGGUUUUGUGGUAAUGAUUUGCCAAAAGGAGGAAACAUUAUAUCUAGUCACAAUAAUUUAUACUUUUGGUUUCGUUCCGAUCAAACUAUAUCGGGAGAGGGAUUUGCCUUGCAUUGGAACAGUAUAAGUCCAAUUUGUGGAGGUAUUAUUGAUGCUACUCAGCAUGGCCGGGUUAAUUCGCCAGGUUCACCUGGUCCAUAUCCCCCAAAUCGUGAUUGCUAUUGGCGCUUAAACACAAAUUUAGGUAAAAGAAUACAAUUACAUUUCUUCCAGUUGGAUUUGGAAACACACCCAAAUUGUAGUUUUGAUUAUCUAGCAAUAUACGAUGGAUUACACGAUACCGAUCCAUUGUUAAAUAAAUACUGUAAUUCCUCUCAACCGGCACCAGUGCAAUCAUCGAGUCCCGAAAUACUUAUUCAUUUUCAUUCUGAUGCCUAUGGAUCUGGAAAAGGCUUUCAAAUCACUUAUGCCCCGGUGGAAGGUGUGCCUGGUUGCGGUGGCUUUUAUACUGCUGACAAAGGUGAAAUAACUUCCCCAAGUUACAACAGUAAAUAUCUUAAUAAUCUUAUUUGCGAUUACAAAAUACAAACUAGCCCCGAAACAAAAGUUCGAGUCACAUUUCGGUCUUUCAAUUUAGAGAGGUCAUUUAGAUGUAGAUUUGAUUAUAUCGUAAUUUAUGACGGACCUAAUGAGGAUUCUAAGCAGGUAGGCAAAUUUUGUGGCAAUACGAUUCCAAAGAGCUACACGUCGUCUUCCAAUAGUUUAUUUAUUAGAUUUAAAUCAGACCAAAGCAUAUCUUCAGGUGGGUUUAAAGUUGCAUAUGAAUCUAUUUGCCAUAAAUCAAUAAUGGGAGAUAGUGGAAUUAUAAAAUCACCAGGCUAUCCUUUCAAAUAUCCCAAAAAUACAGUCUGUGAAUAUGUUAUAGGAACAUCUCCGGGAAAAAUUGUACAGCUGUCAUUUCAAGAUUUCGAUAUUGAAGAUAAUCGAUUUUAUAAUUGUCAAUAUGACUAUGUAGAGGUCCGUGAUGGACCAACAUCUAAUUCAUCACUGCUUGGUAGAUAUUGUGGGGGUUCAGAUCAUAUUCCACCGAUACAAACGUCUUCUUUUAAUUAUUUGUUCAUCGGGUUCCAUUCUGACAUGAGUAUAUCGGGGACAGGUUUUUUCGCAAAUUACACGACUUUAGAUAUAGAAUGCGGAGGUAUAUAUAGGGAAACGACGGGACUUAUAAACUAUCCGGGUUCCGGUAAGGUAUAUUAUAAGAACGAUCAGUCGUGUACGUGGCUUUUGAUUGCGCCCGAAGCAAUGCACAUUAAAUUGACAUGGAAUAGAUUCGAUACUGAGAUACAAUUCACUUGUGAAAAUGACUUUCUAGAAUUGAUUGAAAUUGAUGAUGAUUAUAAUAUAAAUGGUACUAGUUUAGGUAAAUAUUGCGGUAAAUCACUUCCACCAGCUUUAACUACCACAUCAAACAAACUAAUGAUAAAGUUUCAAUCGGAUUUAAGCGUCAAUGGUCUCGGCUUUUCACUUUCAUAUACAUUUAUAGAUGAAAAAUCACACUGUGGCGGUGUUUAUAUUAAAACGAGUGGUUACAUACAUUCUCCUGGGUGGCCGGACAAUUAUGAACCCAACAAAGAUUGUACUUGGACGAUUUCUGUGCCUAUUGGCCAGCAAAUUGCCUUAAAGAUUAAAGAUUUUGAUUUAGAAAUGCCUAUUAGAGAAAAAUGUGAUUUAGGUGAUUAUUUGUUGAUUAGAGAUGGAUCAUCUGAUAGCGCACCUUUGCUUGCUAAAUUAUGUGGCUCUUUUAAAACAAAACGUAUCGUCUCCACCGCUCACAAUCUUUACAUUCACUUCCAUUCCGAUUUCUAUUUAUCGGGGAAAGGAUUUAGUAUAGAAUGGGAUGGAGCACUAAGGGGCUGUGGCGGGACAUUAACAAGCGUCGCCGGAUCGAUAUCCUCUCCUAAUUAUCCACAAGAUUAUAACGACGAUGCGGAAUGUUUCUAUAAAAUUGUUACUAGUAGUGGCUCGCGUAUACGAAUUGUGUUUGCAGACUUGGACUUAGAACAAACAUUGAACUGUAGGGACGACUAUGUAGAAAUAUAUGACGGACGCGAUGUCUAUGCCCCUAGUUUAGGGAGGUUUUGUGAUUUGAAUAAUAAUCAGACCAGUAUUGAAACUAAAAGCAACUAUGCAUUCAUAAAGUUUAGAUCAGAUAUAUUUUUGGGUGGAAAAGGAUUUUUGCUUAAUUAUGAAACAAUUUGUAAUACAAAUAUAAGCGGCAGCUACGGCGUUAUAGAAAGUCCUGGAUAUCCUAACAAUUAUCCUCUUAAUUUGAAUUGUAUUUGGAACAUCACAGUUGGAUUGGGCAAUAAAAUAAAUAUAACCUUCACCCAUUUUAACAUCUUUUCUUUUCAAUAUAGACCCCGAUUAAGAGGCAUUCCACCUUGGAACAGAUAUCGGAGUCCUUGGGUCGUUCAUAAUAGUUCUUUUAAUUAUUCUCCCUUAUACCACACUUAUAUACAAGGGGGUCCACAAUGCGAAUCAUAUUUACAAUUUAAGGAGAUAACUGAAGAAAAUUUUUCGGACAAGCUCUGUGGUACCUCACUGCCACCUCCAAUUUCAACGAAAAGUAAUUCAAUGCAAAUUAAUUUUGUCAGUGGCUAUUUCAAUGCUGCUAAUGGAUUCAGGCUGGAAUGGGUGAAAGAUGGAUGUGGCGCAUACCUGAAAAAACAGCGUGGUGAUAUUGAGCUACCUAAGAAUAUAAUAUAUUCUAACAAAGGUCUAGAAUGUGAAUGGGUGAUAGAAACGCUACCAGGGAGCCGAGUGACUGUAAUAUUAAACGAUAUAUUUGUUGAGGAGACAAAGAACUGUACAGUCGAUUCCAUCGAAUUUUAUAAUGGGCAAAGCAGUUCAUCCCAUUUGAUAAGUAAAAUAUGUCACCGGGGUUCUAACACCAUCCAAUCAAGCAGUAACUAUAUGUUUGUAAAGUUUGUUAAAAAGUCUUCCUUACGAGAUGUCUACUUUUCAGCUUAUUAUGAUUCGGAUACGUCUGGUUGCGGUGGUCGCAUAACGUCUCGCACCGGUGUCAUAACAUCCGAAAACUAUCCGAAAAACUACAAUGAUAAUAUGGAUUGCUUAUGGUACAUAACGGUACCGGAUAAUCAUAGAAUAGAAUUGAAUUUUCUGGAUCUUGAUCUUUACUCGGUCGACGAUGAUGAUGAAAGUUAUUGUGGUGACUCCAUUAAAAUAUAUGAAAAUUCGUAUAUUGCAGAUACUAAUUAUACUCAUCUUAUAUGCCCCAAGUCAAACGUGUCUCAAAUAAUUUCCAACACAUCUUAUAUGGUAUUACAAUUUACUACGGACACAUUUGGCUCGGCGAAAGGAUUCAAAGCUAACUUUUCUGCCACCUGUGGUGCUGUUAUAGAAGCAAAGUAUGAUGGCGUUAUAACCAAUGAUCGGUUUCUCAGCCAAAAUCUUCAUAAUUGUACUUGGGUUAUCUUAUCACACGAUUUAGGAGAAAAAAUAAAACUUACCAUGGAACACAUGUCAAUACCGCGUACAAUUGAAAAAGUUUCAAAUAAAGAAUGCCCUUCAUCCUUUUUUAAAAUUUUUGACGGUAACGACAUUAACUCUCCAGUAAUCGGAGAAUUUUGUGGUUAUAAGGUUCCUAGUGAAAUUGUCAGUCACGGCAGUGCACUAACAAUUAUGCAUGGAACAUAUGGGGACACUUUGAGCGGUUCUUUUACAGCGCACUAUUCGACUUUAUCAAGCGCCUGUGGAGGCACAGUAUUAUCUGAAGAAGGGUCAAUCGCAUCGCCAAAUUAUCCGCUCUCUUACCCUCUCGGAACUAAUUGUGAAUGGACAUUACAAGCAUCUCCCGGAAACAGUAUGUAUGUAACGUUUGAAGCUUUCAAUAUAGUUAACUCAGAUCGCUGCAAUGAAGAUUACUUAGAAAUACGAGAAAAUAAUGGUGGCGGUCGGUUGCUGGGAGUUUAUUGUGGUGAAACUGUACCGGUUAAUACCACUACUGGUUCAGCAAUUUACAUAAAAUUUCAUAGUGGUUAUCUAAGUUCCGGUACAGGUUUCCUGGCUCAUUUUGGAAUUCUGCACCAAAAUGAGAUAACUGAGAAAUCCCAAGGAGAAAUAUCGUCCCCGCUUUAUCCUCACGCCUACAACAGAGAAGGUGAAUUUUCAUGGCGUAUUAUUGGUAAACUGACCAGUAGUAUUACUUUAAAUAUCAAUGAAUUAGUAAUUCCAAAGCGAGGGGAAGUUUGUGAUAGUAAACUUAUUAUUUACGAUGGUUAUGACGAAGAAGCACCAAUACUCGAGACAGUAUGUGGUAUAAUAAGAAAUGAGGAUAAAAUAUUGACUGCUAGAAGUUCUCUCGUGUAUAUACGAUUUGUCAUAACUGAACCAGACAUUGAUACCGUAUUCAACAUAAAGUGGUCUCAAACUCAAUCAGAUUUGAUCAGAACAGAAGGUGGAACGUUGAAAAGAUGUGGUUAUAAUGAAAGCAGAGUUAUAGCCGGCGGGGCAGUGGUUAAUUUUCAUUCGCCCAACUAUCCAGAAGAAUAUGGUGAAAAUUUGUUUUGUGAAUGGGUGUUUGAAGCAACUGUAGGUCGCCAUUUGCAAUUAAACUUUAAUGAUUUUAAAUUAGAAGAAUCUUCUGCAUGCUAUGCCGAUCAUGUAUCAAUAUAUUCGCGAAACUUGAAAGAAGAUUGGAAAUUAGUAAAAGAAAAUCUUUGUUUAUUUGAGAAUGCAAAGCAAGGAUUUGAAAUAUCACAGUUACUAAAGGUAAUAUUACAAACAGACAGUUCAAUUGCUGAGAAGGGUUUCUCCGCUAGUGUAAAAUCAAAAUGUGGAGGACUUAUUUCUAAGGAGUCUGGUACGAUUGAAUUCUCUUGGGACGAACGUGAUUUUAGAAAUAACAUCCGCUGCAAUUGGACAAUCAAAGUUCGACCUGGCCGCACAGUUAAAAUAGAUUUUGAGCAUUUCAAUAUAACAAAUGAGCUCGAGUGUAAUCAGUAUGUAAUGAUUCGAAAUGGUGAAAGUUUCGAGUCUCCUAUAUUAGGGGCGGGUAAAUUUUGUGGAUAUUCACAUGAAGUUAGGGAAAGCCUAAUAUCGUCAGGCAAUGCCAUUUACGUAAGUUAUGUUAACAAUAAUCACCACAUUACUUCCGUAGUAACGACAUUCGAAACCUUCAAGUUGCGUUUUGAAGAGAAAAACAUAGAAUGUGGCUCAACUUCGGCUAUAGAUAGUGACAAGAAAUGGGAAGUGAUAUCUUCCCCUAACUAUCCAUCAGUACCAAUGCCCUAUUCAGAAUGUGUGUGGGUAUUAACAGGACCACCUGGAGAAAAAUUGAGAAUAGAAUUUAUCGAUAGAUUUGACAUUGAUGGACGAGAUGAUUGUAAAGACGAGUCAAUCGAAGUACAUGAUGGCGCAUCAGCGUUGGCUCCAACGAUUGGUGUAUACUGUGGAACUAAGCCAGGUACAGUCAGAUCAAGCAGUAAUGCCCUAUACAUUAAAUAUUCAACGAUGUUGUCUGAGCCAAGAAAUGGUUUCAAGGCGAAUAUUUCUACUGAUGUGUGUGGCGGAACUAUUAUAGCUGAAUCCGGAGAAAUUACAUCGCCGGGAUAUCCUCAUAUGCUUAUCUUGCCAACGGGAUCUUUAUGUAGAUGGCAUAUUAUAUCUCCUUUAAAAAAUGUUAUUAAGUUUUAUAUGGUAGAUUUUAAUAUUCCAGAAUCAAGGCACGAUUGUCAAAUAAAUGUAACCGUCAUGGAAUCACUACCGAUGAACAAAACCGCUUCAAAUCUAAUGGAGUUUUGUAGUGAUGCUCCUCCAGUAUCAAACACUGUUAUAGAAACGAGUACGAAUGAAGCGACUAUAUCAUUUUUUGUGGGAGAUCCUAGUUCAUACACUCAAAUAUCUGAGUAUAAAGGUUUCAAAAUGACAUUUAAUUCAUCAAGACCUUCAUGUGGUGGGACGCUAAUGCAGUCUGAAGGCUAUUUGACAACACCCGGUUAUCCUCGCACAACUUCAUUGCGUUUUUGCCAGUGGUUAGUAUUCAUACCCGAUAGAACAAGAAGAGUGAAACUAGAAAUUAUUGAUUAUAACGAGAAUGAAAGAAUAGGUAUUUACAAUGACGCUACAUUUGAAUCUCUUAUAGAUAUAUAUAGCGGAAAGAAUAUAAGCGGAAAUCCUUUGAUUUAUGAAUCUUCAGGUAAUACUAUUGCAGUGUAUCUACUUAUGAAAAUGUCUUCAUCUCAAAGUUACCCACAAAGAUUUAAAGCUAGGUUUACUUCGGAUGAACCUGCGUUAUGCGGUGAUAGUCUUCAGGGUACAAGUGGUAAAAUUACUGCUCCUGAUUUACAGCGCUCUUACGUCUGCAAGUGGACGUAUAAUUUCGCGGAUAGCUACAAAUUUAGCAAUUACUCUGAUUACAAUACUAUGUUUAUAAGUAUUACUAACACAUUUUCCCGGGAAUCGAAAUGUUAUUAUUCCCAUUCAAGGCUCAUUAUUGAUGUUCCAAUUGAAAAUACAGGUCAAAAAUUCACUCGAACUGUAUGUGGAAAUCAAACGGAAAUUUCCUAUAGAAUCCCGCUUACAUCAUUAACACUGAGGGCAAUUCAAGUUAAUCUUGAACCUCUUUUGUUUAAUGUUGAAUGGAAACUUCAGCCAUGUGGAGGAGUUGUUCAUCUCUCACAAGAACCCAGAAAUAUGUUGAAUAUACCAAAAUCAUUUAAUCAUACUUUAGAUUGUGGAUGGAUAGUAAUCGCUCCUCCUGGAGUUAGAAUAGAAACAAGUAUUGAGGGAAUCUUUAACCACGAUUGUUCAGAUGAAUUUUUAACUGUUCAUCAUGGUUUGACACAAUCAAUGUCUGUUUUAGAGUAUUGCAAAAAUAAAAUACCCGCAAAAUCAAUCGUUACAUCUUUUAUGAAUACAUUCAUCCAGUAUCAUUCUAAAGCUCAACAAUCUACUAAUUUAAAACUGGUUAUGAAAGUUGCUAGCAGCCAGUGUGGCGGCUAUUUAGAUGGGUAUGAAAGAAUAUUUUCCUCACCUAACUACCCAAAUCAUUAUGAUGAAAAUACAGAAUGUACUUGGGUAAUACAAGCAUCUAUAGGUUACAGAGUUUCACUUUCAUUUUUUCAACGAUUUGUUGUAGAAGAUACCGUUAAUUGCACUAAAGAUGCAGUUAUUAUAUAUGACUGGGUAAAUGGAUCAUACCAGGAAUUGGCUAAACUGUGCGGGCGAGAAAUUCCAUCUGUAUUAAAUUCAACUUCAACUCGGAUGAAAGUCGUUUUUCGUACUGAUUCUAAUAUUAAUCUAGAUGGUUUUACAGCAGAGUGGACUGAAAUUUGUGGCGGUGUAUUCACAGCUACGGAUAUAGAUCAAUUUAUUUACAGCCCUGGAUACGGCAGCGGUUAUGGUCCGUUACUUGAUUGUUCAUAUGAAAUUCUUGCUCCGACAAACAACAAGUUAAUCGUGCAGUUUCAAGACUUUGCGCUUGAAGGUAUCUACCCAGAAUGUAAAUAUGACAAUCUCACCAUAACUGGUGAGCGUGAAUACAACUUUCUAUUAAAGAUAUUUUGUGGUAAACAUAUCCCACCAAUUUUAGAGAACUAUGAGAAAGUCAUGAUAAAUUUCAAAACAGAUAGUAUUGGUCAAGAUAAAGGCUUUAAACUGUCAUACUCGUUGUAUAAGUGUGGUGGAAAAAUCACUGAGCCUACAAUGAUUAGAACAGGAUCCGCUGAAGAAUAUUUUAACGGCCUUAAUUGUACUUGGAUAAUUGAGGCCCCUUCAGAUAAAGUUGUCAUAGUUAACUUUGCAUAUAUUGACAUAGAACCACAUUAUUCCUGUUCCAAUGAUUAUAUUGCUGUUUUUGAUGGAUCGCAAAUAGAAAAUGAUCACCGAUUAGCUUUGUUAUGCGGAAAAAUUAAUUCUUCUACUGUAAUAAAGAGUAAUAGUAGUAGGGCAAUUGUACAAUUUGUGUCUGAUGACUUUUUGAACUACAAAGGCUUUCAGGCCCAAAUUAGUUUCAGCUAUGGCGAAGCCGUUGGAUGUGGAGGUGUUAUCAGUUUAUUAUCUGUUACUCAAUACUCUUUAAAAUCCCCACGGAUAGGUAAUUCAUUUGUAUACGAAAACUACUUAGAUUGCCAUUGGUUUGUGAAUGCCCCAGAAGAUCAUGUUGUUAAAGUUGAAUUUACAGCUUUUCAUGUAUCACCAUGCGCUGAUGUGAAUCAAACAGCGAUAGGUAUUAGAAAAUGCAGCUGUGACUUCGUUGAGAUACGCGAUGGGCUCAAUCCAAAUAGUCUUUUGAUUGAUAAGUUCUGUGGGCACACUUUGCCACCUGCGAUAGUAUCAUCGACUAAUGUUUUAAGUAUCAGAUUGUCAACUGAUGGUGAAAUAGUGAGUUCUGGCUUUGAAAUAAGUUUAAGUGUACAGUCUUCCAGAUGUUAUCCAACAGAAAUAUCGAUAGAUUUUAAUGUUAAAAAAAUACAAUCGCCUGGAUUUGAAAAUGGUAUUGUCCCGCGGGGAUUACAUUGUAAAUACUUUCUGAAGGAAUCUAGGUCUUUCGAUGCAAUACAUUUACGAGUAAACUAUCUUGACUUAGAACCAGGUACAGGAAAUCAUUGUAUAAACGACAAGCUGAUUAUAACAAGUGUUCCUCAAACACAUAAUCUCACCAUAGGAAAAAAUUUUGUAUUGAAUAAAAACAGCGACAAUUUCUUUGUAUACUCAUCAUUGUAUGAUCCCCUUUUAACGUUUCCGGAACACUUUGUUUUGUGUGGGUCAAAUAAGUCAUUUGAUUUCUAUUUACACGGCAACAUUAAUAUCAAUCUAAUAACUUCCGCUGAGACCACUUUAACUCACAAAGGUGUAGAAUUGGAGGUGGCAUACGUUGGUCACUGUGGAGGAAAAGGAAAUUAUACAGAGCCUUAUGGACAUAUAGUAAACAGUUUUUAUGAAGAUCACAAUGACAAACUAGUUAGUUGCUCUACAUUAAUAACUGCUCCGGAAAAUUACACAAUAUCGAUAUAUAUAAAUGAACUAUACCCUAGCUAUUUCCACGAUAUAGCUUAUUUUGAAAUUCUUGACGGUGAUAAAUUGUCGUCUCCAAGUUUAUGUAAGGUCCAAUCAACGUUUAAUAUGCAAUCAGUAAGUUCGACAGGAAGAUAUUUGCUGUUGCACACUGUGAUGAAAGGCACUGAGCAAAUAAUUUAUAAUAUCAAUUAUGUUACAACAGACAAAGGGCGGGGAUGUGGAGGAAAACUUGUAAAUGAGUUGGGUAGAAUAACAAGUCCUAUGUAUCCAGACGUUUAUAGAAAGCGUUCAACGUGUGAAUGGGAGCUUGAGACGCCGAUUGGCACUCGGCUCCGACUGCACUUUAGUGAAUUUGAUUUAGGUGUUCUAUGCGAUCAGAAUUAUGUUAGUUUGGUUGAUAGGAAUGGCAACUUCGUUUCAUCAUAUUGUUCUGAAACGCCGGCUGACUAUACUAGCGAAGACAAUUAUGUUAAAGUUGUUUAUACCACUACAAUGAGCAAUGGUGGGACUGGCUGGGUAGCAGAUUUUGUAGGUAUUCUUGAUUUUUAA